CCCUCACUAUAAAUUCCACACAAACAUUAUUGUAUGAGAAAACGGACACUUUUUGCUCUAUCAAUUCGGAAAUCAUACCUCACCUUCAUUUUCUUUCAUAUUAAUAAGCAGAGGCAGACCAUUCUCUAAUAAGAAAAGCAUUAUAUAUAUUAUAUGGGGUGGGCCAUAGCACUUCACGGCGGCGCCGGCGACAUCCCUGUCUCUCUUCCAGCGGAGCGUCGACAGCCACGUGAGGAUGCCCUUCAUUAUUGCCUCCAGAUCGGCGUUGAAGCUCUCAAAGCAGGAAACCCGGUCUUGGACGUUGUUGAACUUGUGGUUCGUGAAUUGGAAAACAAUCCACACUUUAAUGCCGGUAGAGGCUCUGUUCUAACUUGCAAUGGCGAAGUUGAAAUGGAAGCAAGUAUUAUGGAUGGAAACACAAAGAACUGUGGAGCUGUUUCUGGCCUCAAAACUGUUGUUAAUGCUAUAUCAUUGGCACGUUUGGUUAUGGAAAAAACUCCUCAUAUUUACCUUGCAUUUGAUGGAGCAGAAGCCUUUGCAAGAGAACAAGGAGUUGAGACUGUAGACUCAAGCUAUUUUGUUACUCCAGAAAAUAUCGAACGACUAAAGCAAGCAAAAGAAGCCAAUAGAACGCAGCUUGAUUAUACUGAACCAACUUCCAAAGCUGUGAACAAUAAGAACUUAACUUCAAAUGGGGAUAGCCAAGGGACAGUUGGAUGUGUGGCCGUUGACAAUGAUGGGAAUUUAGCUUCUGCAACAUCUACUGGUGGAUUUGUAAACAAGAUGAGGGGAAGGAUUGGGGACACUCCUGUAAUAGGUGCAGGAACUUAUGCAAACAAGCUCUGUGCGGUCUCUGCCACGGGCAGAGGCGAGGCCAUAAUUAAAGGCACAGUGGCCAGGGAUGUUGCAGCUCUCAUGGAAUUUAAAGGGCUUUCUCUUAAGGAUGCUGCAGCUUAUGCGGUGGACAGUGUUCCAAAAGGGACUGCUGGCCUUAUUGCUGUCUCUGCCACAGGAGAAGUGACAAUGCCUUUUAAUACAAUGGGCAUGUUCCGAGCUUGUGCUACUGAAGAUGGCUAUGAAGAAAUUGGAAUAUGGCCAGACAUCUAGAAUCGAUGAUAAUUUGACUAUUAAUAAAUCUUGCAUUUUUAAUAAUUAUGUUACUACAGUAUUACCUAUGAUGUGUAGAUAGAUUAAGCUGAAAAAAAUAGAUUAGAAAAGAAAAUAGGACAUAAAUUUAGCGUGCUUUAACGCCUUGGUCCAUGAAGUAUUUUUAUAAGCUUUAAUAAUAGAGUUUUUAUAGCUCUAGUAUUUCUUUCAA